AUGGCUGAGGGAUCAGAGAAUUCAUACAAUGAGCUGCUGCAGCUCGUGCUGCAGCAGCAGAGCCCCGACGUUCUGCUGCAGGUGCUGCAGCUGGUGCUGCAGUGCAGCGCAGAUGCAGACUUCAUUCGAUUUCUCAUUGAGGGAUUCUCUGCCAGCAGGCAAGGCCAGAAGCAACAACAGCAGCAGCAGCAGCAACAGCAGCAGCAGCAGCAGCAGCAGCAGCAGCAGCGUGACCCCGUUAUCCACGGCCUGCGUCGUCUUCUGCGCCUCAUUGGCGGCAGAGAUGGCCGCCUCUCGGCGAUGAGCACAGAAAUACUAAUCAAUCUAACUGCCAAUGAAACCCUAGCUGCGCUGAUGCUGGAGGAGUACAAGGACAUGACGAGCGUGUUGAUGGAGAACCUGAAGCAGCAGCAGCAGCAUGCUGGAGGAGUACAAGGACAUGACGAGCGUGUUGAUGGAGAACCUGAAGCAGCAGGACACAAAGCAGCAAUAGACGCCGUCUUCUCUCCUCGUCUCCCGGUGCCCGACUACCAGUUGCUUCCUUGUCUGCUGCUCCUACACGACGCCCCCCGCGACCCAGAGUGUGCAGAGUCCAAGGGUUUAGGAAAUGUAUACUGGAAAGAGCAGGGUUUGUUCCUGCUGCAUAUUCUGCGCAACGUGACAGCCAACGACGAGGCGGUGGAGUUUUUGCUGCGGAGGAGAAUGAAGACACUCAACAAACUCAUGGACCUGCUGCGGUAUCUGCCCCCCCUCUGUCAGGGGCCCUUUCUGCUGCUGGCUCUGCGGCUCGCCUCCCGCGAGCAGCUGCAUCCGCUGCUGCUGCCUGUAGACCACGGCCAGCUGCAGCAGAAGGUGCACGAACAGUACCGCCAGCAGCAGCAGCAGCAGCAGCAGCAGCAGCAGCAGCCGUCGCCAGAAGAAGACUGCCGGCUGCUGCUGGCCCUCUGCUGCUUUCUCUAUCCCAAGCCUGACAGUGUUCAACGCACAAAGGCUCGUGACGAGUUAGCAGCUCAAGACGCAGAGGAGGACAAGCAGCGGCAGCAGCAGCAGCAGCAGCAAGAGCAGCAGCAAGAGCAGCAGCAGCAGCAGCAGCAGCAGAUGGAAGUCACAGAGCGACAGCGUCUGCGGUUUUUGCACCCCACAGUUGACGCCCUCAGCUACGGCCCAGCGGCGUCUUCGAAGGGCCGAAGUUUGGCUGUGGAUUGUUUGGCUGCCCUGGCCACAUCCCCCCACGGGCGGGAAACGCUGCGUUGGUUUGGAGUGUACGAAGUGCUGCGCGCUGUCUUCUGCAUCGAGACGGAGGAGAGCAUCAGAGAGAAGGUUGAGGGUAUUGUCCACUUGCUUGUCUUCUCUGAAGAAGAGCUACUGGAGCAAGACAAACAAAUGCAGAAAAAGACAAAAGAUAUAAAGCCUCUAUGCGACCUCGACGAGGAGACACAAGACUCGGUCGAUGGCGCUCCCCCUAGCAGCAGCAGCAGCAGCAGCAGCAGCAGCCCCUGA